CAAAGUGGAAAAAUGACCGCUUCUUUUAAUUGUUAUUAUUUUUAAUUAUUUUAUUUAGUUAUUUGUGCCGUAUUUAAAACCUGGCAACUCCCGUGUCAUGUGAUACUAACAUAUUUCCUGUGCUCUAGCGCUACACAACAACGCCGUCAGACUUGAUAUUGAAACAAAAUCGUGUCGCUCGUCGGAUCGUACAAAGGAAGAUAAAUUAUUUAAAACAAUACUAAAGAAGAAGACCACAGACCACUGGAGAAUAGGGCUAGUUUUGCUAUUGAUUUGAAACGGACACCUGACGUCUCGUUGUGAUGUUGGCUGGUUAGCUAGCUAGUGUUAACCAGUCGUGUGUGAUUUGUUUGUUUUAAAUUGAUUUAUUAUAAUCUAGUAUUUACUGAACUAGAUUUACUUCUGCCUGUAACUGUCCGCUACACAACACUGUUCUGGUGUUUAUAUAUUGCCAAGGUUAAAUCUGCCAAACCAGUACCAAAAUGUCAAAAUACACCACUUUUGCAGAUGCAGCAGAUGAUCACAAUCCAUUUCAGGAUCCAUCAGUGACUCAGCACAGCAGCAACACUGGCUAUGCCACGCUGGAUCUCUACAACCCAUUCGACAACAACACAACAGCGCCUCCACCUCCCUAUGAAGCCACAUCUCCUGCCGCACCUCCUGCCCAAACGCCUCCCAGCAGCACCACACCAACUGAGCCCAAGAAUUAUGGAUCCUAUGGAACAAAGUCUGCAGUGAAUGCCACCACAGCAGAUCUAUUGAGGAAGCAGGAGGAACUAGAAAGAAAAGCAAAAGAGCUGGAGAGAAGAGAGAGAGAGCUGAAUGCACAUGCACUUGGGUCUGGAGCCACUCGUCAGAAUAAUUGGCCCCCAUUGCCCUCCUUCUGCCCAAUGGGACCGUGUUUCUAUCAGGACAUUAACGUGGAGAUUAGUCAAAGUUUCCAGCGCACUGUCACCACCAUGUACUACUACUGGAUGUUCACAGCAUGCACUUUGCUCUUUAAUCUCAUCUCCUGUUUGGCAAUGUUCUGUGCGGACCCCAUCAAUGGAGUUGGUUUUGGUCUUGCCAUACUCUGGUUUCUCCUCUUCACCCCCUGCUCCUUUGUUUGUUGGUACAGGCCUGUGUACAAAGCCUUCAGGAGUGACAGUUCCUUCAACUUCUUUGCAUUUUUCUUUGUCUUCUUCGCCCAACUGGUGCUUUAUGUUAUCAUGACUAUUGGUAUCCCUGGCUGGGGCUUCAGUGGGUGGAUCGUGAGUUUAGCCGCUCUAAGCAAGAGCAAGGCGGUGGGUGUGAUCAUGAUGAUAAAUGCUGCGCUCUUCACUGCUCAGGCAGCCUUGGGAGUGAUGUUACUCAAGAGGGUUCAUUCUAUGUACAGGCAGACUGGAGCGAGCUUUGAGAAGGCCCAGGCUGAGUUUGCUACCGGUGUGCUUUCCAAUCAGGCAGUGCGCCAGGCAGCCACCAAUGCCACCGUUUCUGCUGCACAGGGCGCCUUCACUGCACCCCGGUAG